UGUAAUGUAAACUGUAAACAAUCUAUUCUAUGUUACGUACUCCCCAUCAUCAGCUAUGCAACUAUUAUUAUUAUAGCCCUUCACUUCUUCACACUCAUAGGCCUUUGGUGGAGUUAGGAUUGGGUUGGUAGUGCCACUUCUUCAUUUGUUAGUUGUCAGUGAGGCAUGUUUAUGGUGUUGUAUGAUUUAAUGUGAAUUGUGCUGCUUUCCUUUGCACUUCCAGGAAAGUUAUGUCCUGGGUGGGUAGCACCUAGAUCUACCCAUACCGAAAACAUUAAAUGGAGGGUGCUAUCCCUGUCCGAGCCAAGUGGACACCACCAAAAGCACUUGCACUCAAAGUUCAGCCUAAUGCAGAAGCGUUUUCGCCCGUGCUGCAGCUGAGCCACUUUGCGAAGGUUCCACGCGUUUGCUUUGGCACCGUCAUCCUUGGCAAGAGCCGCACACAAGAGCUGCUGCUGAGGAACCCACAGGAGUAUGGACAGGAGCUGGUUGUCACCAAGCAACCCUCUGGUUAUGGCUUCACAAUGGAGGAAUCGAGCUUCUUUCUUGAGGGACAGGAGGAACGAUUCCUGCCUAUCACGUGGACGCCAAAAGAGGCAGGUAAUGUGCGAGAGACGGUGGUGUUCAAGUGCGAUGGUUCCAGCCGCAUACAGGCAGUCGUUUAUGGAACAUGCGAAGACAGAGCUCCUAAACUCAAGAAGGGAACGAAGAAAGGCUUUGCAAAGCGCCCUCUGGCGGAGCUUCAGCGCAAUGCAGAGUCACGAGUGAAGCCCCGUCUGGUGGCGCGUAGUGGGCGCCCGGCGGCGGAGCGGAUGAAGACAGCGGCGGGUGUGAACGCACAAACGAUCUGGGCUCAGAUGCUGUGUGAGGACAAGUACGCUCAUGCUGUGCAGCCCAGCUUCAAGACGCGAUAUGCAUUGGAGAGUCGAGCCGACAAAGUCGGCACCAAGCCCAAAGUUCGGGCUCAUCCGCCUGACAGCGUCCAGCCUCCCCAAGAAGAAAACCUUCCCCCGCAGAGCGUCCCUUCAUCACAUGGCACAGUGGAGGAGAAGGAGGAGGAGUCGCACCUGCGGCAUCCCGUGGAGUUUCCCUCGUCGCUCGUCGCCUCGACGCCGACCACCGGACGUCAGUCGGCGACCUUCAGUGUCCUUGACGAUCUAAAGAGCACGCGCGUCGUCACCAACGCACGUCGCCAGACCGAGGCUGAAUCGCUAGGCUGCUUCCCGCUGAGCGAGGUCGGCCUGAAGGAGCCACCGGCCAUCGUCGCCCAGUCGCCGAUGCCGGCGCCGGUGUUUCCAGAUUCGCACGUAAAGAAGCACUCUCUAGGGGCGAGUCCCGGCGCGGAGUCGCCGGCGCUCGCGGGCCGGCCUCGCACGUUCUCCGACUUCCGGAUGGCGAAGUUGCGGGAGAACUUUGAGGACAGCCUCAAUUACUCGCAGGAGCUGGAUGAGAGCGGAGUGUUCGACCAGCCGCCCGCCACGCUGCCGACGUUGGAUUCGCCGGCAGCGAAAGAUCCGCGACUCACGAUGGUGUUGCCGACCCAGAUCCCGCCGGCAGCCGAAGAUCCGCGACUCACGAUGGUGUUGCCGACCCAGAUUUCGCCGGCAGCCGAAGAUCCGCGACUCACGAUGGUGUUGCCGACCCAGAUCCCGCCGGCAGCCGAAGAUCCGCGACUCACGAUGGUGUUGCCGACCCAGAUCCCGCCGGCAGCCGAAGAUCCGCGACUCACGAUGGUGUUGCAGACCCAGAUCCCGCCGGCAGCCGAAGAUCUCAGACUGACGAUGGUUCUGCCGUCGUCUCGGCUCCCUGCACGCGGCACCGACUCCCACGACCCGCGUCUCACCAUGGUCAUCAGGAAGGGAGACGGACGCGCGGAGGCCGCCGCGGCGACGAGAGAGGGAGCGGAGCAGCGGGGCGAUCCGAGGUUGACGAUCGUCUUCGGUAAGGCGGACACGAGUCUGACGAUCGAUGAUCCCCGGCUGACGAUGGUCAUCAACAAGGACCCACCGCGCGAGCUCACGCUGCCGUGCGUCGAUGACUCGAGGGGGACCGCAGCAUCUUUCAACCAAGCCCAGCCAUCGGUCAAGCCACCACAGCCAUCGGUCAACCACCCCCAGCCAUCGGUCAACUCACCCCAGUCGUCGGUCAACCAACCCCAGCCAUGGGUCAACCACCCCCAGCCAUCGAUCAACCCACCCCAGCCGUCGGUUAACUCACCAGAGCCAUCGGUCGGUGCUCACAUGCUGUCGGGCGGUGGUCACUUGCCGUUCACGCUCGGGACAGCUGAGACGGUAAGCGAUCAUCGUCUCAGCAAGUUAUUUCGUCCCUCUCGCUCAGAUGGGAGCGUUGUGCCGAGCACCGCAUUCGAAAUACCCGACCAUUCUAGACACUGGCAACCGACAGCUUCUCCGUUAGACUGCAGGAAUGAUGGCAUUGGCACAACAUCGGUAGGUGGCGCUGCUGUGGUAGCGAUAGGGAGGAGCAGAGAAGCAGACGUCGGUAGUGACACGGAGAGCGUGGCUUCCUACGAUAGUGCCGUAUCGGAGAAUUUCUACGAGAGCUUCGAGGUAACUGCCGCGGAGAGAGAGGGCGCCGGCGUGCACGGAGAUGCAGCGACGGCCAUUUACGACGAAACGGACGACUUUGUCGAGGCGAUGCAGCGCAGCUCCCUCUAUGGGUCGUUGUUAGAAACUCCCGGGAAACACGCAGCGCCGGUUCAUCCCGAGGUGGAGGACCUGCGGGAGGCGACCUCUGGUGGCCACAGACGCAGGUCGUUCACAUUCACGAAGAAGACAGCCGUGAGCAAGGAUGUCGAAGGGCGUUUCGGUAGAGGUGCCACCACCGGGCCGCACGCCGGCGAAAAUUCGCUGCCCACUUCGGCGAGCGAAAUAGCUGAGCGACGCGGCCAACAGAUUGCGACGGCGACGGGCGUUGCGGACACUCACGUGAGCGAGGUCACGGGUGUCGUUACCUUGGAAACGGCAGAGCGUGAAGUGCAGCGCGACGCCUCGCGCUUACCGCUGUUCGGUGACGUCGCGGGAUUUCUACCAAGAAACGGCGCCGACGAGCUCCGGGAGCCGGCGGGUGCGCAAGCGGGAGCGUGCGUGAGUGAGGCGACCGCCGGAGACGAAGACAGCUUGGAGGACGCGGCGCCCGCCGAUCGGAAGCGCGACGAUUCGUUUUACGUAGCCGUGCACGAGGACGAGUCGGCGUCGACCUCCGUAAGCAGGCCGGGCGAAGCGCGACCCGCCGCGGCGUUCGACUUUGGCAACGUCGGCAGGGAAGUGAAGCCGUCGGUGUCCGACGCCGACAGCUCUCUCUAUAGUCCGCUCGCACUGGAAGAUCUUGAUACGAAGCCGGCUGACGUGGAGCAAGCAGCAGUAGUGGAGGCAGUAACAACGAAUGCAAGCACUGGCUUUGAAGUGAGUCCUGGAACAGAGGUCGUCGCCGUGGCAACCGAGAGAAAGGAGGAGCCGAGUGCGGACGCACUCUUCUUUGUUCCCUACGAUGACAACGACGAUUCGCUGUCGGCCAGGAAGCGUCGACCCAAGGUCAAAUCCCCACGUCCAAGCAGAGGCGAUAUGGUGGAGAGACGGCAGAAUUACCUUCAUGCUAACGGUUUCCCGUCCGACACGCUCAUUGGAGAAAACACAGGCAAGGUCGUCGGGGAAAGGUCACCACCGAUAAAGCGAAGCCCUAGUAAGGAGGCUGGGAACGAAAGCAAGAGGGGCAGGAAAGAGAAGAAGCCAGCACAGCAGACGAUGCGACUGACGAAGACCGAGCAGCUGCGCAUUCAGAACUCUGCGAGAAAAAUUAAGAUGGGAAGCAUGCGGAAGCAUUCCGUUAAGGGCGUGGCAAUGAGCCGUUUAAAGCUUGUCAACACUUCCAACGCUGGUAUGCCGCGCCAUCCGAUGCCGUUUGCAGCCAAGAACAUGUACUUUGAUGAGCGUUGGAUGAAGAAGCAAGAACUUGGCUUCACACGCUGGUUAAACUUUGUCCUCACGCCGCCUGCCGAGCUAGACGGCGGAGACCUUAAGAAGGUCGACGCGGGCAUGCUGUUCAAUGAGGCGAGGCGCUGCGGUGAGAAGGACAUCCGUCUCGCUCCGUCACGCGAGGACCUCUCACUGCGCGCCUACACGGCCCACCGACGCAUGAACCGCCUCCGCCGAUCCGCCUGCGCCCUCUUCCAGUCCGAACCCAUUGUCAAGGUCGUCUGUAAGCUAGAGGUCGAGGUGGAGAGCGGGCGACUGGCGAUUCGCAAGGACAAGGCGAUGCACGCUGACCUGGGCAUCAAGCGUGCCGUGCUAGAGAUGCUACUCAGCUACAGCCCGCUGUGGCUUCGCAUCGGACUGGAGUGUGUCUACGGAGAGCUGCUGCCGAUGCAGGACAACGCUGACGUCGUACGGCUGUCUCGUUUCGUGCUCUGGCGUCUGCUGUACAACCCAGACAUCGCCAUGCGCUACGCUCACCCCACUGUGCCGCACCUCUACAGACCAGGAUACGAUGAGGCACUCAAGCAGUUUACACUGAAGAAAUUUCUGCUGGUCGUAUUCUUUCUUGAUCGUGCCAAGCAAGCAAGACUCAUUGACCAUGAUCCAUGCCUGUUUUGCAAAUCUGCGCCCUACAAGGCGAGCAAGAGCCUCCUGGUAGAGUUCUCGCGGCAGUACCUCGCCGGCGAGGGUGACGUCGUGCGGCACCUCGCGCACCUCGGCUACGACAUCGCACACCAGCAGACGGCGCUCGACGAGUUUGACUACGCCGUGACGAACGUCGCGACGGACCUGCGCGACGGACUGCGCCUCACCCGCGUGAUGGAGCUGCUGACGGGUGAUUGGUCGCUGUCGAAGCGUCUGCGUGUUCCCGCCAUCAGCCGGCUGCAGAAGAUACGCAACGUUGACGUGUCGUUAGCUGUGAUGAAGCGUAAUCAGCUCUGCUACGAUGGCAUUAACACCAAGGACAUUGUUGAUGGUCACAGGGAGAAGACACUAGCACUGCUCUGGAAACUCAUCUUCAAUUUCCAGAUUGAACUGAUGAUAGAUACAGCCAAGCUGCAGAAGGAGAUAUGCUUUCUCAAGGAAAACAUGGCUGUUCGUUCAGCUAUGGCUUCCCUGGUCGCCAGCACUACGGGCGUGAGUGACACGCUAGGGAUGCCACGACAACACGUGACAGACGAGACAGACCUCUACUUCACGAGCAAGAAGCUGAGUCUUCUGCUCAAGUGGUGUCAGGCAGUCUGUGCAUACUAUGAUGUUACGGUUGAGAACUUUACCGUGUCAUUUGCCGAUGGCCGUGUGCUCUGCUACCUGGUGCACCACUACCAACCAUCGCUGCUUCCCACGUCAUCCAUUCACACUGACACCUCGCAGUCGCUGCACGCUGACAACGCUGUGCAGGCAGACGACAGCUUCAGCAACUCCUUCUUGAUGGCCACCUAUUCUCCUACAACAGGAAAACCAGUUGAUGAAAAGCUAUUGAUGAAUGAUAAGGCGAACCUCAAGUUGGCAUUUGAAAAGAUCGGUGAGCUAGGGGGCGUGCCGGUGCUGACACGAGUGGCGGACGUGUGCAACACAAUACCAGACGAGAAGGUUGUGCUAACGCUCGUCACCUUCCUCUGUGCACGUCUGCUGGACCUGAGAGAGGAGAUCCAUGCGGCAAGGGCCAUCCAGACAGCAUGGAGGAGACACCGGUACCGGAAGGAAACCGAGCGACAGAAGAUUAGGCACACCGCAGCAGUGCUGAUUCAGCGAUGCGUACGUGCAUUCCUCGCUAGGAGGCGCCGGCAACAGCAGCAGCGAGCGGCCGUCGUCGUGCAGACGUGGUGGCGUGGCGUGCACGCGGUACACCUCGCAGCAGCUCUGAGACGCAAGAAGCUGGAGCAACUACAGCACAGUGCUGCCACCGUCCUGCAGGCACAUGUCAGAUGCUUCCUCGUUCAACGCCGAUACAGAAAACUUCGCACAUCUACCUUGCUUCUGCAAUCAGCCAUCAGGGGGCGUCACAUUCGAAUCCGCGUACAGCGGAUGCACGCUGCCGCACGCAUUAUCCAGGCCCGCUACCGGGCACGCCUACAAGCCCGCGUCGUCAGGCUGCACUACAUCGAAACGAGAUGCUCUGUUGUUCGCAUGCAGGCUUGGUGGAGAUCGCGGCUCGCACAGCGAAGCUACGGGGCGAAGAGAAGCGCGGUGGUUACGAUCCAGGCCGCUGUGAGGCGCCACCGAGCAAGAAGCAGCUACACUCAGCUGCGGCGUGCGGCGGUUGCGUUGCAGCGUCGUAGCAGGGCUAAUGUACUGUGCCGCGUGCAGACGCGUCACUACGCUGUCAUGAGAGGUGCUGCCAUCACCUUGCAAGCUGCCUGGAGAGGCUACAUUGCAAGACAGCAGUACCUACAGCUAAAGGCGGCUAUUGCCAUACAGUCAGCUUGGAGAGGGUUCACUGCUAGACGAAAUUACCUACAGUACAAAGCAGCUAUUGCCAUACAGGCUACAUGGAGAGGCUACAUUGCAAGACAGCAGUACCUGAAACUAAAAUCAGCUAUUGCCAUACAGGCUACAUGGAGAGGCUAUAUUGCAAGACGGCAGUACCUACAACUUAAAGCAGCUAUUGCCAUACAGUCAGCUUGGAGAGGGUUCACUACUAGACGACAUUACCUACAGCUUCUGUCUGCAACCGUCUGUGUGCAGUCCUACCUCAGAGGGAUGCUAGCGAGACGAAAAUCCUCCAAAAGGUGCUGGGCGAUACGCACGAUCCAACAGCGGACGCGCGCCUACCAGCUGGCACGGCGCCAGAGAGAGCACUACCGGGACACGCGGCGGGCGGCGGUUGCCCUGCAGGCAGCGUACAGGAUGCGGCGUGAGCGCACGCGUUUCCUCGCCGCACGCGCGGCCACCAUGACGAUCCAGAGCGGCUACCGCGCGUGGCGGGCGCGCCGCGAGCGGGAUGCGCGCGCUCGCGCCGUCGCCGUGCUCCAGUGGAGGCUGCGCGCCCGGCUCACCGCCAGGAGGCAGCGCGACGAGUACCUCGCGACGAGGCGCGCCGCGGUGACGCUGCAGGCCGGCUGGCGGUGCCGCGCGCAGCGUGCGAGCUACCUGCGACUGCGGCGGGCGGCCACGAUCGCGCAGGCGCACGUUAGGGGGCGCCGCGCGAGAGCGGAGUACGAACAGCGGCGACGGGCGGCGGCGGUCCUGCAGCGACGGCUGCGGGCGACGCUCGCCUGUAGGCGGCAGCACAAUCGCUAUGCUGCGAUGAAGCGGGCGGCGUUGCGGAUACAGGCCGCGUACCGAGGCUGGGCGGCAAGACGGGCGUACCAGGCGGAGCGUGCGCGCGUCGUGUCAGCGCAGGCGUGCGUGAGGAGGUGGCUCGCACGGCGGGAGCGCGGGAGGAGGAUGCGGGCGGUGCUGGUGCUGCAGAGGAGACUGCGUGCGAGCCUGGAGGCGCGUGCGUGUCGCGCCAAGUACCUGAAGGAGAGGGCUGCCGCUACGCUGCUGCAGGCCGCAGCGCGAGGGUGGGCGCAGCGAGCGAACUACGUGAGACGUAGACGUGCCGCGAUCACGAUGCAGGCGUGCGCGCGCGGGCGCAUCGCGCGCCGACGCCGCGACGAGAGGCUGCGCGCGAUACGCAUCAUCCAGGAGAGGUACCGCGCCGCUCGCGCUCGUCGCACGUGCCUGCACGAGUACCGCACUACGCGCGCCGCCGUUCUGACGCUGCAGGCCGCCACCAGGGGGCACCUGCAGAGGAGGCGCUACAAGGAGCACCUGCGAUGCGUCGUCGUCGUCCAGGCGUGCGUGAGAGGCCGAGCCGCCAGGGAGCGCUACCAUCGGCUUCGGCGUGCUGCUACUACACUGCAGGUUUGCUGGAGGGCCGUGCUCGCUGGGCGGAUGCAGCGGGACGCGUACCUGCUAACGAGACGAAGCGUAGUCAUCGCCCAGGCAACCGUCAGACGCUUCCUCUGCGCGCGUGCGUACGCGCGGCAAUGUCGCGCCGCCGUGGCGAUGCACGCGUGUGCGCGUGGAUUCCUCGCCCGCACGCGAUAUCGUCGCCUGCGCUCGGCCACGUCGACCAUCCAGACGUACUGGCGGGCGACGCUGCUGGCGAAGGAUCAGCGUCGCGGGUUCGCGCGGGCGAGGUCGGCGGCCGUCGUGCUGCAGUCGUACGCGCGCAUGUUGGCGGCGCGGCGUCGCUACCACCGGCAGCGCGCGUGCGUCGUCACCGUGCAGGCCCGCGUCCGGGCUUGUCUGCAGCGACGCUCCUACCUCCGCCUCCGAGCUGCCGCCGUCGUCCUUCAGGCAAGAUGGCGUGCCGCCUGGCUGACGGCGCGGUCGCGCGCCGAAUACGCGAGGACGCGCGCGGCGGUCGUGUCGCUACAGGCAGCCACCAGGGGUCACUUGCAGAGACGGCGGUAUCGCGAGUACUAUGGACGCGUGGUGAGAGCGCAGGCGUGCGCGCGGGGAUGCCUCGCGAGAAGGCGCUACGCACGGCUGGUGCGAGCCACGCUCACCCUGCAGAGACGCUGGCGAGCGACUAUGCUGGGGAGAGUCGAGAGGUGUCGGUACGAGUGCACGAGGAGCGCGGCGGUCACCCUGCAGGCGGCGUGGAGGCGCGUCGUCUGCCGGCGCCGUUACCACGCCGACCGCGCCGCGAUCGUCGGCUGCCAGGCAUGGUUCCGCAUGCGCCGGGCGAGGACCGACUACAUGGCGCUGCGUCGUGCCGCCAUCGUCGCGCAGUCUCUCCGCCGAUGCCGCGUGCAGACGCGCGCGUUCGCCUCGCAGAGACGCGCGGUCGUCGUCGUCCAGAGGCACUACAGGCGCCACCUGCUGGCGAAGCGGGCGAGGAACGAGUUUCUGCAGAAGAGGGCAGCGGUGGUUACGAUCCAGGUGGCUCUGAGGCAGUGGGCUGUGCGACGAGCAGAGCGGCGCGAGGAGGCCGCCACGAGCUUGCAAGCGUGGCGUAGAGGCUGCGUGCAGAGAAGAAGCUACGUCAGACUGAGGCAAGCUGUAUUCUACGCACAGGCUUGCAGGAGGAGGGUGUGUGCACAGAGGAAGCUGGCAGAGUUGAAGAGGCAGAGAGAGGCGGCGAUUAUCAUUCAGUCUGCCUACAGAGCUCGCUGUGCCAGAGAAGCAGUCAAGGUCAUGAAAGAAGCUCGCGCAUCAUGGCUGCAAAAUUUUGCUAUGCUAGCACAGCGCCACCUAUCGGUCAUCAAGUUGCAGCGGUGCUACAAGAACUACAAGGCCCGACAGCUGGCCAUGCAGAGGCUCCAAUCACUGUCUGUCAUCCAGAAAUGGUGGCGAGCCAAGCUGCAGCGAUUGCGCUACCUUAGACUGCGGCACGCUACGGUCUUUCUGCAAGCUGUGAUCAGACGACGCCAACGACAGUGCCACCUGGCUGCAACGAAGAUCCAGGCAGUCGUGAGGAUGUGGCUCGCACGCAGGCGUGUUAGAAAGAUUCAGUGUGCUGCCACGGUCAUACAGGUGGGUCUUACAGUUAGCAAUCUAACACCGACUAGUAUAGGUGCUCAUGAACUUGGGUUGCGAUGCGCCGCCGUGACGAUUCAGGCAGCCGUCAGGGGGCGCCACGUGCGGUCGGAGUACACGCUACUGAGACGGGCGACGGUGACGAUCCAGCGACGAGUCACCGCGACACUGGCAAUGCGGCGUGAUAGAGGGCGCUACGUGAGCACAAAGCGGUCGGCGGUAGUACUGCAGGCUGCCUACAGGGGGCGCGCGUGCCGCCGACGAUACCGGCAGACGAGAGCCGCCGCCGUCACGAUACAGGCCUGGUGGCGGAUGAUAACUGCCAGGAGGCGCCACUGUGAGCUGAAGCGUGCCGCCGUGGUGUUGCAGCGACGUGUCAGGGCGUGGCGCGUGGGGAGGUCGGUGCGCCGGCAGUACGGAAUCACACGGAACGCUGCCAUUACAAUACAGGCGUACGCACGUGGUCGGCACAUGCGUAGAGAAAUGUCCGCCCGCCACGCCGCUGCCCGCCGCAUACAGGCAUGCUUCCGUGGAUACAGAGGGCGCCGCGCAUACCAGAAGAUGCAGUCCGCUGUGCUGUGCCUUCAGCGCCACCUACGGGCAGUUGUUAUCGGUCGCGCGCACCGCCAGCGCUACCUAGCGAUGCGAGCUGCCGCCAUCGUUGUGCAGAGUCGUCACCGGGGGGCGCUGGCGAGGCGAAUCGUUGCCAGGGUUCGGGCGGCGCGGCAGAUUCAGGCGUGGUGGCGCGGUCGCACGCAGCGACGCUUGUUCCUCGCUCUGCGUCGCGCCGUCGUCAAGGCGCAGUCGAUCCAGCGUUCGCGUGCGGCGACGCGUCGCUAUCUCAUGCUCAAGCUUGCUGCGCUCGUCGUGCAGGCGCGCUACCGGUCGCGCGCGCACGCGCGCCGGCAGCAGCGAAAAUUCCACAAGGUACGCGGCGCCGCCAUCACGAUCCAGGCGUGGGCGCGCGGACAUCUCGCCAGGCGCCAUCUGGCGAGGACCGCACGCGCCGCGGUCGCCGUGCAGGCGUGGUGGCGUGGGCGUGUCGCGAGGCAGGCGUAUCAGCGCCUGCGUUCGGCUGUCAUCGUCUCGCAGACGCGCUACCGCGCGACAGUGCUGGCGACGGAGCAGUCACGCCGAUACGCGGAGCUCCGGCGAGCGGCGCUCGUACUGCAGAGCGUCACGCGGGGGCGCCGGUGUCGGCGCCAGGUGGCGCUGCUGCGGGCGGCGCGGGUGGUGCAGGCGACGGUGCGGUGCUGCGUGGCCCGGCUGCCCGUGCACAUCUCACUGAUGUAUGGAAUCUUCGUUGCAGCUCAGGCGGCAGUCGGCGUUGGGGUGUCUGAUACGCUUGCAGAAGACGAUAGCGUGCCGCGUUUAACCGACGUCGUCACGCGCUGGUCUCCGGUCAGCUGCGAGCGUGUGGCGGCAAGCGGUGGCAUUCGCGUGCUCUACACGCUCAUCCGACGAUGCAACCGCAGCAUCCCCAACAUGGAGCUGAUCCACUACUCCGUCAGCAUCCUGUUCAACCUUGCAAAGUAUGACAAGACGCUGUGCGCUGUGGCGGAUGAGCCGACGUGCAUGGACACACUCGUAGAUCUUAUGAUGAUCUACAGAGAGAAGGGACUAAAGAUCUUCAUGCAGACGUGUAAUCUGCUGGCCAUACUCUGCCUCAACGCAGGCAAAGCCGAGGAGGUGAGGCAGAAUGCGAAGCUGAGCGGUCGAAUCGUGAGCAUCCACACGCUCACGCAGCGCAAGUACAAGCUUGAGGAGCAGCGGCAGGCAGCGAAGGUUCGUCGGCUCGCUAGCCAGAGUUUCACGGGAAACGCCAGCAUGAUGUCAGUCUCCCACGUCGGCCACCAGAGGGUGCACGUGCAGCCGGCAUGGUCGCUGCGGCAGUGUCAGUUGUCGAAUAACACCAACCCGCUGCAGGUGAUCAAACUCCUAACCGAAGUCUGCGGGCUCAUGCCUAAAGAGGGCGCCACUCAGAGGGGUGCAUCUGCGGUCAAUAGGACGGUGCUCUAGGCUCGCGCGUGAGCACGUGUCGUGCACGCAUGUUGAUGUCAUGAGGAGCAAGGAGUUAAAUAUAACAAGGAGAGGAAGUGGAUUGGCUGUGCGCUUUUCGCCUCAAGUGCGCCAUCUAUGGACCAUAAUCA